AUGGAUGUCUUCCAUGUUACCAGCCAAGGCGAGGGGAAAACAAGACCAAGAGGGAGCAGUGAUCCUCAUGGCACUUCAGAAACAACUGUACCUACAUCCAUGACAAAUAUUGCUUAUUUUGCUCAGAAGCUGGUUGAGAAGCUGAACAGUGGAAUGUUUGCUGCUGAUCCCAAACAAAUCUUGCUCUUCACUGCCAGACAGAUUAUGGGGGUCCUAGAAAGCACCAUUUCUCAAAAGGAAGUUUUCCUCAGUGCCCUGUACAGCUGUCUAAACAGAGCCAUCCUAUACUGCCUAUCAAGACCACAACAAUCGCUGCCUGAACAGUUUAAUGUCCUGAACACUCUCAAUGUUCUGCAGGAGCAGUGGGACAUUAUUUUUGCAACUUACAACUCAAAUAGUAAUUUUGUCGUGUGCCUAAUGUACUGCCUUUGCCAACUGAAUUUGGGCAGCUAUCCAGAAGGUUUUGGGGUGGAUGCAAAACCAAAGCUAGCUUCUCAUCACCAAAUUUUCCUUGCACCCAGUGAAGAAGAAAAGGGCAGCCUGCCUACUCCAGAUGAUGUCCAUCAGGAGAUUCUGAGAACAGUAGAAAUCAUCUGGAAGCAGCUCGUUUCUCAAAGACGGCAGGCUCUGGAGGACAUUUACAAGAUGGAUCUUUCUGUAAAAGGAAAUGACAAAGAAAGGGACAUGAAGAUAACGGAGAUCACUCCUUUAUGGGAAGAAAUUAUGACGAAAGCUUGGCUACACUUAAUAGCAUCUGAAAAGAAGCUUCUGCAAUAUAAAGCAGGGCCAGGCCUGUCACAGAGCAAGCACAAUUACUGGAGUGAAAGCCUCUCUUCAGCUAUUAGGUUGAUGCCUGGCCGAAACACAAAGGAAAUGACAUGCAAAUCUGAGGGAUUUGUGUCAUGUAUGGAAAGGUACCGAAGAAUUGGGCAGGAGCUGUACGCCUCUUUGUACAAGAACCACGUACAGAUGCUGCAGUGUGGUUACAGCAAAGCAGCCAGAGACUGGAUGAUACUUGAGGACCAGCUUUUCUACAGAAGGGGCCCGUGGGGAGAUGCAUCACAAUCCUUACAGCCACGAUGGAUUCUUGAUUGUUAUGAAGGCCCUUCACGGAUGAGGAGGAGGAUUCAACAUGCAGAUACCCGAGUGACAAUGAUGCAAAUGAAGAGUGAGGUUCUCCUGGCAAACAGAAAUGAAACAAUCCCUGCUGCUGAAGUGGAUCCAGGAGAGCUGACAUUAAAUGGAGCAGAAAGGGAGAUGGAUACGAAAGGAUCAGAUUGUAACCAGCUAACGUUCUUCCCUGCUCUACAUGAAAGUUUCCAUUCAGAAGACUUCUUGGAACUGUGUGUGGAGAGGCAAAUUAUAUUGCAGGAGUUUGCAGAGAGUGAAAAGGUCACAUUCAAGUGCUCUGUGGCAGUUGUGCGGGGGCACAGAGCGUUGGAAGGAGUGCUGCUCUUUGGCAGAGAGCACUUUUAUAUCUGCGAGUGCUUUGUAUUAUCCCCUCUAGAAGAAGUCUACUGUACACAUCACUGCUUGUCCAGCAUCAGUGAUCCAUUUAUUUUCAACUUAUGUCACAAAGAUCGUGCUGUGGGAGACCAGAUGUGUUCUCGUCAUUCCUAUCACGAUAUAAAGGAGAUUCACUUGAUGCGCUUUCUUCUGCAGGAGAUCGCCUUGGAAAUAUUCUUCAAAAGUGGUUACUCCAGAUUUCUUGUCUUCCACGACAGCGACCGAAAUAAGAUAUUUAAGAGGUUUGGUGGGGAGUUAACAUUUAAUGGUGACAUUUUUGUUUAA